AUGUUGUCUGCUUCUAAGAACAUGUUGCGCAACCCACUGCGCAUGUCUGCACGUUUGCAGUCCAGCAAGGUGCAGGGUCAAGUGAUUGGUAUCGACUUGGGUACCACGAACUCUGCGGUUGCUGUGAUGGAGGGCAAGAUCCCUAAGAUCAUUGAGAACGCGGAGGGUGCACGUACGACUCCAUCGGUGGUGGCUUUCACGAAGGACGGUGAGCGUCUGGUCGGUAUCCCAGCCAAGAGACAGGCCAUCGUCAACCCCGAGAACACGCUAUUUGCGACCAAGCGUCUGAUCGGCCGCCGGUUCGAGGACGCGGAGGUGCAGAGAGACAUCAAGCAGGUGCCAUACAAGAUUGUGAAGCACUCCAACGGCGACGCGUGGUUGGAGGCUCAGGGCAAGACUUACUCGCCAGCGCAGAUCGGUGGUUUCGUGCUUAACAAGAUGAAGGAGACCGCGGAGGCCUACCUGGGCAAGCCCAUCAAGAACGCUGUGGUCACUGUGCCUGCGUACUUCAACGACUCGCAGAGACAGGCCACCAAGGACGCUGGUCAAAUUGUUGGCUUGAACGUCCUACGUGUGGUUAACGAGCCUACUGCUGCCGCUCUUGCCUACGGUUUGGAGAAGGACGACUCCAAGGUGGUCGCCGUCUUCGACUUGGGUGGUGGUACUUUCGACAUUUCCAUCUUGGACAUCGACAACGGUGUUUUCGAGGUCAAGUCCACCAACGGUGAUACUCACUUGGGUGGUGAGGACUUCGACAUCUACCUGCUAAGAGAGAUCGUACAGCAGUUCAAGAAGGACACAGGCAUCAACUUGGAGAACGACCGCAUGGCUAUCCAGAGAAUCAGAGAGGCCGCCGAAAAGGCCAAGAUCGAGCUGUCGUCCACCGUCGCUACUGAGAUCAACCUACCUUUCAUCACCGCUGACGCGUCUGGUCCAAAGCACAUCAACAUGAAGUUCACCAGAGCUCAGUUUGAGCAGCUAACCGAGCCAUUGGUCAAGAAGACCAUUGACCCAGUCAAGAAGGCCAUGAAGGAUGCUGGCUUGUCUACCUCCGACGUUGCGGAGGUCAUUCUAGUUGGUGGUAUGUCCAGAAUGCCAAAGGUUGUCGAGACCGUUAAGCAGUUGUUCGGCAGAGAGCCAUCCAAGGCUGUUAACCCAGACGAGGCUGUCGCCAUUGGUGCUGCCAUCCAGGGUGCUGUCUUGGCGGGUGAGGUUACCGACGUUUUGCUAUUGGACGUCACCCCAUUGUCCUUGGGUAUCGAGACCUUGGGUGGUGUGUUCACGAGGUUGAUCCCAAGAAACACUACCAUCCCAACCAAGAAGUCUCAGAUCUUCUCCACGGCUGCCGCAGGCCAGACUUCCGUUGAAAUCAGAGUUUUCCAGGGUGAGAGAGAGCUAGUCAGAGACAACAAGUUGAUUGGUAACUUCACCUUGUCUGGUAUCCCACCAGCUGAGAAGGGUGUUCCUCAGAUCGAGGUCACCUUCGACAUCGACGCUGACGGAAUCAUCAACGUCUCUGCCAGAGACAAGGGCUCCAACAAGGACGCCUCCAUCACCGUCGCCGGCUCCUCCGGUCUAUCCGACGCCGAGAUCGAGAAGAUGGUCAACGACGCCGAGAAGUACAAGGAGCAGGACGAGAGCCGCAGACGCGCCAUCGAGACUGCCAACAAGGCUGACCAGCUUGCCCACGACACCGAGAAGGCUGUCAACGACUUCGAGGACAAGGUCGACAAGGCCGAGGCCCAGAAGGUCAAGGACCAGAUUGCUGCCUUGAAGGAGCUAACCGCUAGAGCCUUGUCCGGCGAGGAGGUCAACGCCGACGACUUGAAGGCUAAGACCGACGAGUUGCAAUCCGCAUCCUUGAAGUUGUUUGAGAAGCUGCACAAGGAGUCCGGCAACUCUGCUGGUGAAUCCGAGCCAAAGAACUAA